CAGAGCAUGUUAGAGAAGGAGGGAGAGGUAGGGAGGUAGAGGUAGGUAGACAGAGAGAUGCAGUGCCACAGUGUAUGUGUCUGCGAGGCUGUCAGUAGCGCAACCCUUCAUCCUCUCGUCAGGGACCAUGAUUUGCUGUGGAGCUGCGAUGCACAGAUUCACUGCAGAAGCAGGGAAUGCAGAUAGAAGUUCACCUUGAGCUGGAGUCCAGCCGUGCCACUCUGGACCUCUGGGAUUACAAGAAAUGCUCAUUGAUCCCAAGAUCAGAGAUUUAAUCGGACCUGACAUCCUGCCAAACCAAAAGUGGCUCCAAUAUUUUUAACUUUUGGAUUACUGACUUAAACCGAAACAUCUGACAGAGAGGCUCUCAACUGACAAUCCAGGGCCAAAUCAAACAGGUACCUGGUUUGGGUGAAACUUACCAGCUUGCUCCAAGCCAGACAGCAUACAGAACCAAGACACCCACAGGUCACGCUGGAGUCCCGCAAAGCCACCACCAAGCAGGUUCUGCAUCCCAGGGACCCUGGAGCUGGCCUGACCUUGGACCGUCUGUCACCUGAACCCCUCCUGGCACCGGCAGAGACGUCCAGCAUGUCUCAGACCGGAGGACGGUACCACAACAAAAAGGCUGGCAUUCGGGCCGCAGUGAUCCUGAUCGGACUCCUGCACAAGUCUCGCAAAGCCAAGGAGAAGGAGAGGGAGAAAGAGGAGAGUGAAGGGAAACAGGAGCUGCUGAACAUUUCCAACGUCCCUCUGGGAGAAUGUCCCCCCUCACCGCCCCGCACUGCACCGCCCAGCAUGAAGUCUGCAGAGUUCUUCGAUAUGCUGGAGAGGAUGCAGGUCCCUAAAGCUGAAGAAACCAAAAGAUGGAAGGAUGACUACAUCCCCUACCCACGGAUAGAAGAUGUCCUGGAGAAAGGCGGUCCAUAUCCCCAGGUAAUCCUGCCACAGUUUGGGGGUUACUGGAUUGAGGAUGUGGAGGCACCAGCAGGGACCCCGUCCUCCUCUGAGUCCAGUUUCUGUGAGGAGGAGGAUGUAGGAGAGGGCAUGAGCCCUGGCGGGGGGCACAGCUACCGCCUGGAGUGUAACAGCACAGCCCGCGCCUACCGCAAGCACUUCCUAGGCAAGGAGCACAUGAACUAUUACUGCACUGGCAGCAGCAUAGGCAACCUCAUCAUGUCUCUGAAACACGAGGAGGCGGAGGGCCAGGAGUUCCUACGCAUCAUGCUCAGAUCAAGGAUCAAAACAGUCCAUGACAGGAUUUCUUUAGCAGGCAUCAACCAGCUGCCUAGCGUACCACAGAUUGCGAAGCUUCUGUGUGAUGAUGCCACAGGGCUGAAGUUCAACCCUGUCCUGUACCCUCGGGGAUCCCAGUUGAUAGUGGCUUAUGAUGAACACGAGGUGAACAACACCUUCAAAUUUGGAGUCAUCUACCAGAAGUUUGGACAGACAUCAGAGGAAGAGUUGUUUGGGAACAAUGAGGAGACGCCGGCUUUCAAGGAGUUCCUCAGCAUCCUAGGAGACAACAUUGAACUUCAGGACUUUAAAGGGUUCCGCGGUGGGCUGGAUGUAUCCCACGGACAAACUGGAUCUGAAUCUGUCUACACUGUCUUCAGACAGAGAGAGAUUAUGUUCCAUGUGUCAACCAAGCUUCCGUUCACAGAGGGAGACGUCCAGCAGCUCCAGAGGAAAAGGCACAUAGGAAAUGACAUAGUGGCUGCAGUCUUCCAGGAAGAGCCCACACCGUUUGUUCCAGACAUGAUUGCCUCCAAUUUCCUACAUGCUUAUGUGCUGGUGCAGGUUGAGAACCCCUGUACAGAGCACACAACAUACAAGGUGUCUGUUACAGCGAGGGAGGAUGUGCCUCCUUUUGGACCCUCUCUCCCGAAUCCAGCUGUCUUUAGGAAGGGUCCUGAGUUUCGAGACUUCCUGCUGACAAAGCUGAUCAAUGCUGAAAACGCCUGCUACAAGUCUGACAAAUUCGCCAAACUAGAGGGGCGAACGCGAGCCGCACUGCUGGACAACCUCCACGAUGAACUGCACAGACAGAGCCAGGCAACACUGGGUCUGAGCCAAGCAGGAGAGGAAGACAAGCUAGAGAAUGGGGGCCACGGGGGUCUGCUAGAGUCCUUUAAGAGAGCCAUGCGUGUCAGGAGCCACUCCAUGGAGACCAUGGUGGGGUCUCACCGUCACAGGAGCCCCGGGGUGGGAGGUGGGGUCCCGGCCAGCGUGAGUGGAGGAGGGCUGCCGCAGAGCACCAGCGAAUGCACAAAGAGCACCUUCACUCCUCCUGGGUUGUCCGCCAAGUCUCCUCUGAAGAGCCCAGUGAAACGGCGUUCAGGCCUCUUCCCUCGUCUCCACUCUAGCACAGAAUCCCCUUCGGACAAACACACACGCAGCGACCAAAAGCUUGCAGAGAUCUGCCCACUGUCCCAAGAAGUGAGGUCAGAGACAUCAUCCAAUCCCAGCUCACCUGAGAUCUGCCCCAACAAAGAAAGGCCAUUCAUCAAGCUGAAAGAGUGCAGCAGCGGUAGACCGAACAUCUCUCGUUCCUCAUCUAGUACCAGCAGCUUCAGCAGCACCACGGGAGAAACAGAAGCUCUGGAAGAACUGGAGACAGCCACCCAUCCUUGUAUAGCAUCCUCCUCUGCCUUCAGUCCUUCCCUCAGUGUCGACAGCCAGGGAUCAGGUACGCCUGUCAUCAUGUGCCGCAGUCCAACAGCAGACGUGAAAAGUAAGACGUCACCGAGGUCAAACUUGAAAUUCCGCUUUGACAAAAUGAGCCACUCAUCCACAACUUCCGAGUAGCCUUGUGGAAUGGAAAUAUCAGACUUGCACAACAAAGGGACCGCGCGGGUCGACGGAGCUGCAAAAAUUAAAAAAAGAAAUCACAACAACCACAAAAUCACUGUAGAACCACUUCCCUACGCCAAGGAUAAUCUGACAAGAUUACCAACUGCACCAGAGUCCCCACAAACUAUAAACUAACUGACAAUACUGUGAGUGUAUAGUGCAGAGAAGCAGCUAACAUGUUGGCUUUCUUUUUAACCAGCCUUAGGCGACACAAAUUAGUCAGUACUUUGCCGAUGUUACAAGUUGCUGCAUCUUUGUUAAUUGUUCACAUUACAUGGAAGUCCUCGCAUGGCUGUACUACUGUGAGUGGAGGCCGAGCCAGUCUCUGCCUCAGCUUUUUCUCAAGCAUCUAGUUUAAUAGAGAGAUACGGUGAUCUAGAGGAAUGGUGCCAUGAGACUCUUUAUGUAGUCGACUGGUCAGUGGAAAAAUCGUCUUUAAGAAUUGUCAGACAUCAGGAUGUUCCCUUUUUGCCUUUGCCCUUGAAUGGUACGUCUGGCAACAGUUCCUCUUUUGCCAAAAAAAAGUACACAGAGACAGAGACAAACUCACACAAGCACAGAAACAUAAUGUAGGCUUACAGUAGCAGCACUUUAGAGGUGACAAUACUGGGAGUCUCAAUUCUCCACCGCAGGAUCUGAGCUUGUUUUUUGCAUAGAAAAACGCCUUUCUAGAGAACACCUUUGAUUUUUUUGAGAUGCUUUUGUAACCUCGCUAGCUGCUGCAUUGUGUCUGCUGCACUAUCAACACAACAUCGCUGAAAUUCAGUCAAUACCCGACAGCAUUUCUGUACCUUUAAGGGUAACUUCUUCAAAUCCCUGAACUCAAGUGCUUGGUUAGUGGAAAUUAGCUCAUAGUAGGGCACAGUAGGAGACACUGCCAACACAUUUUGCCAUAAGCUUAUUUUAGCCAAAGCUGCGCCUUACAAUCUAUCAAAAGCCCUUUUCACCACUGAUGAUCUAUCUCUGUCUGCCUGUCUGUCUGACUGUCUGCUGUCUCUCUCACUAUGUGAGAGGGCAGGAAUCUUCUGGAUCCGGUUACAGCACAGUUGUGGGUAGCCGAUCAACGCCCACAUUUGCUGAAAAUAGACGUUGCACUUACUGAAAACAUUUCACCUUCUGAUACCUCCCAUUGAAGCUUGCUAGCUCGGUGUAUCUGUGUCUAUGUUUGAUGGAACUUUUGAACAGGAAGAAUCUCCCGGGUUUGAAGUUUCCCAGCAUGUGAGCUGAUGACGAUGACUUGAAAAAAAAAGAUGCUUCAGGUUAAAUGAACCUUUGAACCACACUUUAGCAAAAACACUUUGAAUGUGAACUUAGAGCUUUUUUGCCCAUAUUUGUUUGUUUUUUGUUUGUUUGUUUGUUUUUUAUGCUUUGUUAGUUGUUAAUAUGAAGUCUCUUAGAUGUAAAUGGCAAAGCCAGUUGCUUACAAGCACAACAGGACAAUAGGUCUACACUAGUCCUCAACUAUACCCUAACAUUAGCCUGGAGCUGCACAAAUUAGAGUUAGCAGGGCAAACUGAAAGUGUGCUAAUCAAGAAAAAGCUUAAAGACACACAAAUGUGUUUGUGACCAAACAACCAAACUGGAAGGUCUUUGGAAGAAUGUCAAUGUACUCCUACUGUGGAGUGAACCAUUCCUGGAUGGCUCGAUAGUGUGUGAAGUUCUGUCACAUCAAACUCAAAUCCCAGAGGCUUUAAAGGGUCAGUUCACCCAAAUUACAAAAAUCUCCUUUGCAAUUUAGGUGGCAUUUUAACUUGCAAGGCCGCUGUUAAGUUCCUUGAUAAGUACCUCAAGGAACUUAACAGCGGUGACUAAUACACACUGUGCUCACUUAGCGUAGGCUGGUGAUUACCUCGAGCAAGGGAAGCAGGGACAGAAAUCACACAAAAGUGGGACGUUCAGAUGUCAUUUAGUUCGUAGCAGGUAUCGCCUAAAUGCCCUGCAGCCUUUCCUCUGUUCAUAUGCUUAAUUUAUUAAACUGAUAACUUCUUUUGCAUUGAUGUCAUGUAAAAAUGUAACUGCAGAGUAUGCUAAUUAAUAAGGUAAAAAUGAUUAAAGGAAAUAUAUUAAUUUAAAAGAUGUCUAAACAUGUAUAUGUAUAUUUGGUUAUGUAACGUGCCAUUGAGAAUUUAUUCUAAAAUAAAAUGUUGUAUUUU